AUCACGCGGAGAAUCUGUAUUUUUCGUAGUAAUCAUUAAUGACACAAGUAUAAUGUAAUAAUUGAUUAAUUAUUGAUGAUUUUUUAAAAUGCUAAAGUGCAAUAUUUUUAAGUAUAAGUGAAUCGCUGAAGAACUCAAAAUGUCUAUCCGACCAGUCUAUCGACCAAAAAUCGUGAAAAAAAGAACGAAGAAAUUUAUUAGGCAUCAGAGUGAUAGAUAUAAUAAACUCAAGCGCAACUGGCGUAAACCGAAAGGUAUUGAUAAUAGAGUUCGCAGGCGUUUUAAGGGCCAGUACUUAAUGCCUAGCAUUGGUUAUGGUACUAGCAAGAAAACACGUCAUAUGCUACCAACUGGUUUUCGAAAGGUCCUUGUACAUAAUGUGAAGGAACUUGAAGUCUUAAUGAUGCAAAAUCGUAAAUUCUGUGCAGAAAUUGCACAUGCUGUUAGCAGUAAGAAAAGGAAACUCAUUGUCGAACGUGCUCAACAACUUUCGAUACGUGUAACAAAUGCCAGUGCACGCUUACGUUCAGAAGAGAAUGAGUAAGCAUUACUUUUCGUGUAUUUUGGCAAUAAAAUAUUAAAAACACA